AUGGCCAGUAAAAUACAGUUGCUGCUGACUAGUUACCUGGAUAUACUAAGCAAGAAAGAUCUCGAAGAGUUUCUGCUUCAAUUGAUGGAUAAAGAAUAUGAAGGACAUUCAAGCAAAAUGACACCUUUUCAACUAGAGAAGGCAAAUGGCAUGAAAAUAGCCUCAUUCCUGGUGGCUCAGUAUGGGGAGCAAAAAGCCUGGGAGUUGGCAAUCCUUACAUGGGAAAAGAUGGGACUGAAAGAGCUGAGUGCCCUAGCCAAAGAACAGUCUAACUUCAGAUCCUGGACUUGUUCCCCAAGUAAACCCAACCUUGAUUCACCAAAUUGGCCCACCCCCUCAAGUGUGGUUGGGUUCUGGGACUCUAAAACCUCGAAGAAUUUUCAGACCUCAAAUGAAAGGAAUUUAAAAUGCCAGACUGAAAAAUAUGUACAUACCUGGAAAGUGAGCUUUACUCCACAUUCCGGUAGUUUUCAAAGUAUUACGAACUCUCCAGACCACGAAUCUCCAAACCAGGAGUCACCUAAUGCCCCCACAUCCACUGAUGUGCUCAGAGUCUGGGAACCUCAAUUUAAUCUCAGGUCAGAGUCCAGAAAUCAAGAAGUUCCUGAUAUUGAGCAGUCUGUGAUGAAAACAUCUGGAAACUGCUGCACAGGAAUUAAAAAAGGAUACCAAAGUCAAAUAACAGAGAUAUUCUGUCCCACACAACCUUGGAAGAAUGAGAGUGUAUACCAAAACUUCACACAUCUGAUACUUCUACACAGAUCAGCCCCCCGAUGCUAUGAAUCCCUAGCCAAUAAAAACUGGCAUCAUCGAAUGAUGGAGGAUCCAGGACAUUUUAUUGAAGUCAGAGAUUUAUUUGUCCCACACCUGGCUACCCAGGAAGGGGCUCACAUCGUUGUUCUGCAUGGAAAUGCUGGGAUUGGGAAGUCUACAUUGGUCAGGCAAGUGAGAAAAGCCUGGGAAGAAGGCCAGCUAUUUAGAGACUAUUUUCAACAUGUCUUCUACUUCAAUUGCAGAGACCUUGCCCAGUAUAAGAAAAUGAGUCUUGCUGAGCUCAUGGCUAAAGACUGGCCUUCCCCUGAGACUAUCAUUGGGCAAAUCAUUUCUCAACCAAAAAAGCUGCUCUUCAUCUUUGAUGGUUUGGGUGAACCAAGAUGGGUACUAAAGAAGAAGAAUUCUGACCUCUGUGUGCACUGGAGUCAACAACAGUCAUUAAAAGCUCUGCUAAGUAGUCUGCUGGAGAAAACAAUACUUCCUGAAGCAUCCUUGCUUAUCACAACUAGGACCACUAAUCUGUGGAAGCUCAUUCCUUCUUUAAAGCAGUCACGUUGGGUGGAGAUCCUGGGGUUCUCUGAGUCAGGAAGGAAAGACUAUUUCUACAAAUUUUUCACAGAUGAAAGCCAAGCAAGUAGAGUCUUUAAUUUAGUUGAAUCAAACAAAGCACUCUGGACCAUGUGUCUCAUACCCUGGGUGUCCUGGCUGGUCUGUACUUGCCUGAAACAGCAAAUGGAGCAGGGGCAAGAGCUUUCACUGACAUGCCAGACUACCACAUCCCUCUGUCUUCAGUACCUUUCCCAGGCUUUGCCUGCUCAGUCACUUGGCAUGCAGCUGGGGGGCUUGUGCUCUCUGGCUGCUGAGUGUACGUGGAAAGGAAAUACACUAUUUAGUCUUGAGGAUCUCAAGAAACACAAGUUAGAUGAGUUAUUUAUCUCAACUCUCUUACAUGUUUCUAUUAUUGAAAAACAUCCUAUCUCUCUGAAGUACAACUUUAUUCAGCCAUGUUUCCAGGAGUUCUUUUCAGCCAUGUCCUGUAUUUUUGGAAGUAAUUCUCCCAAUGCUAAUAGUGUGAAAAACUUUCAAGGGAUAUUUUAUUGGCCUGAUUCUGGAAAAGCAAACACACAUUUCCUGUUUGGUCUUUUGAGUGAGCAGGGACUGAGAGAGAUGGAGAGAGUUUUUAACCACACUCCAUCUCGGGAAAAGAAGUGGGAGCUACUAAGCUGGGCCCAGAAGGAGUUUCAAAACAAUCAUUCCUCUGUGCAGUCAAACUUGCAAUUAUUCCACUGUUUAUAUGAGAUUCAGGAUCAGGAUUUCUUGUUACUAGCAAUGGCCUAUUUCCAAGGAACAAGAAUAUUUAUUCAAACCAACAUGGAGUUUCUGGUGUUUACUUUCUGCAUUAAAUUCUGCCCCCACUUGAAGAGACUUCAACUAAAUGAAAGUGGACAGCAUGGUCAGGAGUGGAGUCCACUCAAUGUAGUUGUGUUUACCAGAUUCUCAAUCACAGACACCUGCUGGCAGUUUCUCUUCUCUGUUCUUGGGAUCUCUGAAAGCCUAAAGGAGCUGGAUUUAAGUGGAAACUUCCUGAGUGACAAUGCAGUAGAGCAUCUUUUUGAGGCCCUAAAAUACCCUGACUGCCACCUGGAGAUCCUGCGGCUGGUCAAUUGUAGUCUCACAUCUAGCUGUUGCCAGAGCUUGGCAUCUAUGCUUAGUGUUAACACUAGCCUGACAGAACUGGAUCUACAACAGAAUGACCUCGGUAACCUCGGUGUGAACCUGCUCUGUGAAGGUCUCAGGCAUCCUUCCUGCCAACUCAGGCUCCUGAGGCUAGAACAGACCCAGCUGAGUGAGGAUGUGAAGGAGAUGCUGAGAAACCUGAAGGAGGAGAAGCCUCAAUUGAUCAUAGCUGGCAUCUGGAAACCAAUUGAGAUGAAGCCUAAUGAGAGCACCAGAGAAGGAAACAUGAGUGAUUAUGCAUUCAAACGGAAGAGAUCAGAAUCAGAGGGAAGUUCACCUCAAAUAGCACCAGUGAAUACCCUCUGUCUAUCCUCUCCUUACUCUUCUGAAGAGCUGCACAUAGAGAUUAUGGGAACUAGAGAUUACUUCUGGGGCCCCACGGGUCCUAUGACUAUUGAAGUGCUUAACAAAGAAAGAAACCUAUACCGAGUUCAUCUCCCAAAAGCUGGAUCCUACUACUGGCCCAACACAGGUCUCCACUUUGUAGUCAGAAGGCCAGUGACUGUUGAGAUUGAAUCCCUUGCCUGGGACCAGUUUCUGAGCAGAAUUGUUCAAGAGCACAGCUGGAUGAUUGUUGGGCCUCUGUUUGGUAUCAAGACUGAGCCAGGAGCCGUAAAGGCUGUAUAUCUCCCUCAUUUUGUAGCUUUUCAAGAGGGUCCUGUUGAUAUUUCACAGUUCUAUGUGGCUCACUUCAAAGAUGAGGGGAUGGUACUGGAGAAGCCAGACAGGGUGGAGCCAGGCUAUACUGUCCUGGAAAAUCCCAGCUUUUCCCCCUUGGGAGUUGUACUGAGAAUGAUCCAUACUACCCUGAGCUUCAUUCCUAUUACUUCAAGUGUGUUGCUUUACUAUCAUCUGCAACCUGAAGAAGUUAUCUUCCACCUCUACCUGAUUCCAAGUGACUGCUCCAUUCAGAAGGCAAUAGAUGAUGAAGAAAAAAAAUUUCAGUUUGUGAGAAUCCACAAGCCACCACCAUUGACCUCACUUUACCUGGGCUCUCGCUAUACUGUGUCUGGUUCAAAGAAAAUGGAAGUAAUUCCCCAGGAACUGGAGCUCUGCUACCGAAGCCCUAAUCAAUCCCAGCUCUUUUCUGAGAUCUAUGUUGGACGCAUGAAGUCAGAGAUAAGGAUACAUAUAAAAAACAAAAAAGAUGAAAUUAUUGUAUGGGAGGCUUUGGUGAAACCAGGGGAUCUCAGACCUGAAGCCCCGAGUGUCACUCCAGUCCCAAUUGCAAUUUCAUUGUUACCCCUAGAUGUCCCAACUUUACUGCACUUUGUGGACCAAUGUCGAGAACAAUUGGUGACUCGGGUGACAUCUGUAGACUCAAUCCUGGACAAACUGCUUGGACCAGUACUGACCGAAGAGGAGUAUGAAACAGUGAGGGCUGAGACCACCAACCAAAAUCAGAUGAGAAAGCUGUUCGAUUUCAGCCGCUCCUGGGACUGGGCCUGCAAAGAUCGAUUCUAUGAAGCCCUGAAGGAGAUUCAUCCCCAUUUAAUUAGGGAACUCUGGCAAGUGGGUGGUAGUGCAGGAAAGUGAAUAGUUAUUGUAAGCUGAGCAAAAA